AUGGUAAAAAUCCCGCGUCUGGAAGAAGAUGGGUCAGUGCAAGAAUGGACAUUGAGGUGGCUGUCUUUUUCGGGAGAGGAUGAGAAGAAUUUAAUAGCUUUAAUUUGCUGGAACUUAUGGCAGAAUAGGAAUAAUGUUGUUUGGAAAAAUAAACCGGGUACAGUGGAGAGUAUCUUAGCAGCAGCUAGUUCUCAGUUAAUGGCGUGGAAGGUUGCUCAUUUUUCUCAGGUGCAGUUGAGGUCGGUUGACCUUUUAGAAGGUGAUGGUAGUAUCAGGUGGUUUCCUCCCAAGCAUGGAUGGUUGAAAGCAAACGUCGACGCUGCAAUCUUUUCCGGUGGUAGAGGGUAUGGUAUUGGUGUAAUACCCUGUAAGUUCAGGGAUGAAUCUGGUGCCAUAGUUCAAGCUAGAACUUCCAGAUUUUUUGGCAACAUUUCCCCAAGGUUGGCGGAAGCAGUCGGGGUCAGAGAAAUUCUAAGUUGGCUAAAGGAUUGCAGCAACUUAGUCAUUGAGUUUGACGCGAUGGAGUUAGUUCUGGAGAUUAGGAAUCCAAGUUUGGCGGAUAUGGAUCCCGUUGUUGGUGAUUGCGAAGCAGUUUAG